CCUUGGAUGGGCACAGGGUCUGUGAACGUGCAAGACGCAUUCGAAGGGUCCCCUCGUGAGUCCCUACUCGAUCCGCGCAUGCUCCCUCGCCAGCAUGCGCCGGGGCUGGCGGACGGGCGCUACCCUGGCUCGGGCUCGAGGACCACGCCGAGCAGGUUCCCGUGCGCCGUGGUCAAGAACACGUUCCUCGAGUUUGAAACAGAGGACGACGACCCUUGGCUGCUGGGCGGCACGGCGGACCGGCAGAAGACGGACAGCCUGCUGGACAGGAGGGCGGCGGGCAUGCUGAGGAGGGAGCUGGCCGCGCACGGAUCGGGCGUCGGCAGCGGCCCCGCGCGGAGUUUGAGGAUCACAGGCUGCCGCCAGAAGAGUUCCCCGCGCACGCGGCCGAGCCAGGGCUCGGGGAGCCGUCCGCUGGGCUGUCAGGCCUGCUCUCCCGGCACGCCCUGCCCGGCGCAUCGGGGUGCCUCGCGCGGCCGCGCGGGGGCUCGGCCGCGGGCGAGUUCCACGCCGCGCCAGCGUGCGGCCACGGGCGACGGUGCGGCGGACGCGUCCCCGCAGCAGUGGCAGGAGCUUAGCGUCUGCGGCGAGCCGAGCACUGGCCUGAGCGGGGGCUGGUUUGAGGACGACGGCCUGUCCGAGCACACUGGCUCGACGUUCUUCCCCUCUCUGGAGGCGGACCAGGCGCAGCCGGCGCGGGAGGCCGCGGAGACUGGGGGCGGCCUGGCGGAGGGAAGCACCACCGUGGUACUCCGCAACAUCCCGGGCGGGCACACGGAGCGGCAGAUUCUCCAGGAUCGACCGAUGUCGACAUGUCUGGAUUCAGCCUGA